AUGACUGGGUCGACCCCGAAGGCCAAAAUGAUGGAGAGUGGCGCAGCCGAGAGCCCGCCCAAACCAGAGCCAGUCCCGAGGACACGUUACGGUGAGGAGAUCAACGGCGCUCUGACUGAGGCACUCACACCGCUGGUCGAUGACAAAGGCUGGCCCAUGUACGGACACGCCCUGGCAUCGGAGAUGCUGGACCGCGGCAGGGUUGAGAAGUUGGGGGAGGUGCUGAGAGCGAUUCGCCAGGCGGCGCCGAACUUCUCGAUCGCCCCGCACGUGGUGGAGGAGGUCAUGGCCAACAUCGGCACGGCCAAGAAGGACGACAUCAAGUUGCAAGAGGUUGAGUCCUGGGCCAAAGGCGCGUCGCUGAGGCUCCGAACUCUCUUGCUUCACGCGGCUGGCCUCGCUCGCAAGGAGAAGCCGCCGAACAGGGCUCCUGCGUGGUGGACCAACCUCAUGGCCAACGAGAGCAAGGUCCCAGAGCCGAAGAAGGCAGCGCUGCAGAAGAGCAACGUGAAGGACGAGACCAAGCCCGAUAAGGAGCCCAAGCCCGAGGAGGGAUCCAAGCCCGAGGAUGCGUUCACGUUCGGAUACGACGAGAGCAUGAAGCGCGAGACCUACGUCUGGGCGAAGUGGGCAGACGGAAUGGAGUACGAGGUGCUGGACUGCCUGGCGUCGACCUUUCUCGAGGAUGCUGGACCUGCGCCCUCGAAGACGCCGCGAUGGGGCAACAUCUUGUGGACGGGCAACAUGGACGGCCUCCAGGUGCAGGUCAAGCUUGUGAUGGAUAGGGGGAUCAAGCUGAUUCAGAUCAAGCACAACUUGAAGCAGGUCACGCAGCUCUCCACGCACGCCGUCGAGGAGGCGGAGGCGGUGGAGCUCAUGAAGGACAUCGCGAAGCGCUACUGCGAGGGGCGCCUCACGGCCCAAGACGCCGAGCAGCUGAAGAGGGAGAAGCUCAAGGAGCUGAAGAAACGCAAGGAGAAGGACGAGAAGGCGGCGGCACUGGCUGCGACCAGCGCAGCUUCGUCCAUCGAGACGCAGCCUGCGGAGGCGGCGGUGCGGAAGCGCCCAGCUGCCGCCCCCAAAAGAGCUUGCAAGAAAGCCAAACACGAGGAGCCCGACAAGGAAGCAGCCACCGAGGAGAAGGGCGCACCCAUGAAUGGAGUGGAGAACCUGACGAUCGUCGAGAAGAAGCCCGAGGAGAAGCCCCAUGAGGGCAAGGAGGAGCCUCAGCCGCUGGAGAACCCCCAGGAAGCAAAGGAGGGGCCACCAGAGGAGACGGGCGAGCCCACGAGCGAGGUCGUCGAACCCAUCGACGACGACUCCACGGACGAUAGCCCCGAUGAUAUCCGAGAGAUCCCGCCUCCAGUGACUGGCCCGUGGGAGAGUAUGACCACCUCGCUGAACGCCAUGAUGGCAUCGCUGGGGCCUGCGCAGAGCGUCCAGGUCCUCGGGCUCAGAGGCAUCGCGCUCGGGGAGGCAUCGCUGGGGCCUGCGCAGAGGCAGGCGCUCGGGCUCCAGGUCCAUGACUCCCCCGAAGCUCCAGCUGAUGGGCAGGGCGGCGGGCAGCUCAACAAGCAGGGGCCCGAAGGUACGUUCCUUGAGGAUAGCCAGCGUGAGGAGACCUUCACAGUGCCAGGCAAUCCACGUGACAUUGCUGCUGCCAGAGCCCCCGUUCCGGAAGCCCCCGCAUCGCAGCCGCCCGCGCACUUGUCGAGGCCCACGUUUCCGCGCGAGGGCAUGUCGGAGCAGCAGUACAGCGAAGUCGUGGCAGCAGACAGGGGAUUCUGGCAGAGGGUCGAGGCGCUGCCAGGCAAGGCAGCCGAGGAGCCCGACGGCCCGCCCGACGGCCCGCCCGACGGCCCGCCCGACGGCCCGCCAGACGGCUCGCCCGACGGCCCGCCCGACGGCCCGCCCGACGGCCCGCCCGACGGCCCGCCCGUCGACGGCCCGCCCGACGGCCCCCCCCGCGUCCCAGAGGGCAUGAGCCAGGAAGAAUUCCUGCGCAGCUUGUCGAGCCAGCAGAUGGGGAGGGGCCGCUACGACAAGCAUGAGCUCGAUGGCGAAGACGAUGCAGGCAGGGAUCCCCGCCUGGAGGAGGCCGAGAUGACCAAUUUCGAGAUCAAUGCUGGCAGCCAUCUGGGCUGGCGCUUCCAGAGGGAGUUGGCCUCGGAUAAGGAGCUGAAGAAGUCGUGGCUCGAGUGCAGGGGCAACCACGCGAAGCAGGCUUUCAGGCAGAAGUGGUGCAAUGCAAAGUUCGAGAUGUACAGGAAGAGCCGCGAGAUGAUCAAUCGCCAUCAGGUCGUGACUGCAGACACGGGCGUCUACCACCCCCUGGACAGGAUCAAAGUCGAGGAGGGAAACACCGAAGAGGCGGCUGAGCGUGCCUGGCGUUACGCAUACGCGUGCGUCAUGAUGGGCACCCAGUGGUACCGCUUCAACGUCAUGACUAGAGCCAUGGAGUUCCUGUGCGUGAAGCAGCAGUACAAUGAUAUAUUCACGCAGUGCUGGCAGACUACGCAGCGCGAGGAAAACAGAGGCCGCCUUCUUGCAGAAUUCGCUGAGCCCGAAGGGCGUACCACGUUCGAACCAGUUCGUGCAGCUGCAGGUGCAGCGCCGUCAUCUGCAAGCGGCGGCGCGGCGGUCAGCGCUGCCUCGCGCAGCGGCAACGGACCUGCGCCCGCAGCUCCAUCAGCAGAUGCACCCGCAGCUCAGCCCGCAGCUGCGCCCGCAGCUGCGCCCGCAGCUGCGCCCGCAGGUCCAGCUGCGCCCGCAGCUGAGCCCGCAGCCGCCGCGGCGCGCGCGGCCCAGGAGGAGGCCGCCGUCGGCGACGAGGCGAGGGAACCGCCCAACAAGAGGUCGAGGAAGUCUGUGAGGGGCCAGGCUCUGUCGCCGAAGCCAGCACCUGCGACGCCGAAGGGCAAGGGCAAGGGCAAAGCUAAGGCUAAGGCCAACGCUUCAGCCUCUAAGGACUUGAGGGCCAAGAUCAAGGAUGCGCAGCAGCUGAAGGUGGCGCAUGGCCAGGCGAGCUCCCCGAUCGCUUGCAUCUCAGCCCAGAUUGCAAAUUCUCCCGACUGGUCGCGGCUGAAAGACAGCGUGCUGGUGGAGCCGAUGACGAAAGCCAGCGACGACAUGAUCAAGUAUGUGUUCUCCAAUCCCAUCGCGACCAUGCUUAUCGGCCAGAAUGUAGAGCAGAUUCAGGCGAGCUGCGAUGACCCUGCCCAGAUGGAUGUCCAGUUGGCGACCCUGACCAGCGACCUCGGCGAGCUCGUCGACAGGGCGCAGAAACAGGCGGACAAGCUCUCGAGGAUGCAUUAUGAGAAGAUGAAGGGCGGGUGGGAUUACCAGGAUGCGUGCAGCGCCUGCGAGAUCGACCUUGUCUUGGAUACCCAGGACAAGUGGCAGGCAUUGUUCGCUGAUGGAGGGCUGCGCUAUGACAGGCGCUUUGGCCGAGUCUUCCAAAGGGAAGUGCGCGUGGGAGGGGUGCUCCUCAGAGCUGGCGAUCGUCUCGUCCCCAACUCUGAUCUGGUUGACGUGGGCUUGCUGACGCGCCAGGCGCUUCCGUUCCGGGUCACGUUCUGGCGUCGCCGAACGGGCGCGGGUGGUGCGCUGCUGGACCCAGUGACGCGGAGGAAUCCAAUAUUCGACGCGUCGCUGGGGAUCAGCCCCCAGACGUCUAUCUGCAUAGACACCCUUCACACGCUGCACCUGGGCGUGGCUGCGAGAGCGGCGGCGGUCGCGUUGUGGGCGGUGAUCACAGCGAAUCCCUGGCACCACCCUGGCCCUGGCGAGGUCAUGGUGGAACACGCUUGCCGCACUCUUAGACAUGAGAUGCAGGAGUUUCAUGAAUCGGAGAACAUCCCUCUGUCUAGUAGGAUUGGCAGGCUGACGCCAGGGAUGCUCGGCAGUGCGUUUGCUCCUGAAAUGCACACCAAGGGAGCGGAGACAGGGUAUUUGCUCAAAUUUAUCGCCCAUAUCAGCAGCAAGCAGUUUUUCCAGGCCGAUAGUUGUGUGGAGAUAUUCAAUGCGUGCAAGCAUUUGGCGGAAUACAUGGACGUGCUCAAGACAUCGCCAGGCCACAGCACAAUGUAUAAUUUGCAGUUCGGGUGCAGCGCCAGCGAUCUCGUGUGA